UAACCGAGUUUUCUAACCUUUCAAACUUGGGUUAGUGCUAGCUGACUCGCAGCUGAGUCUGGACUGUGCUGUUGUGAUCAUUUCCACCUGCCUGUUCCACCUUCCUUCGAUCGCCGGCUUGUUGAAUGUUUCCCUCAUCUCCUGUGCCCUCUGCCGCAUCUGGACUAUUGUCUCUGGAAUCGAUCUACAUUGGAUUUUCCUCGCUAGAUCUCUUGGAUUACCCUCACAGAGACUUUCCCUCUGCCUGGUGAAAUGGCCUCUAACUCUGAAGCACCUCUCUUCCUGGCUCUCGCAUUAGUAACUCAGCCACUCUUUUAACAUCUGAUGGGACCCAGCUGUCAAUCUCUGUGUCCAAGUGGAAGAGCACCAUGCCGUGGACAUCGAUGUUUACCACUGUCCCAAAUGUGAUGUCCAACACGGACCCUCCUUGAUGAAAAAACGUAACAACUGGCACCGGCAUGACUACACAGAGCCUGACGAUGGCAGCAGGCCGGUGCAAGCAGGGACCUCUGUGUUUGUACGAGAGCUGCAGAACAGGACCUUUCCCAGUGCGGAUGAAAUCAUGGUGCAGAUGCAGGGCCAUCAGGUAACACAGAAGUACCUGGAGAAGCAGGGCUUCCGCUACCCCAUCACCGUUCCCAAACUGGAUGGACUUGGUCUCAAGCUGCCCCCCUCCAGCUUCUCUGUAAGGGAUGUGGAGGAGUACGUUGGUGGUGACAAAAUUGUGGAUGUCAUUGAUGUUGCCAGACAGGCAGACAGCAAAAUGAAGCUUCGAGAGUUCGUCAAGUAUUACUACAAACCUUAUCGGCCAAAGGUGCUGAACGUGAUCAGUCUGGAGUUUUCAGACACCAAGAUGGCAGAGCUGGUGGUGGUGCCUGAUAUCGCUCAGAAGAUGUCCUGGGUUGAGAACUACUGGCCAGAUGACUCCUUCUUCCCCAAGCCUUUUGUCCAGAAGUACUGCCUGAUGGGGGUGAAGGACAGCUACACAGACUUCCACAUAGACUUCGGAGGCACAUCCGUGUGGUACCACGUACUCUGGGGAGAGAAGAUCUUCUACUUGAUCAAGCCGACCCAGGCUAAUCUUGCACUAUACGAGGCGUGGAGUUCCUCCCCCAACCAGAGCGAGGUGUUCUUCGGCGACAAGGUGGACAAGUGCUACAAGUGUGUGGUGCCGCAGGGAACCACUGUCCUCAUCCCGACAGGAUGGAUCCAUGCUGUUCUCACCUCUCAGGACUGCAUGGCGUUCGGAGGGAACUUCCUCCACAAUCUCAACAUAGGCAUGCAGCUCAGGUGUUAUGAGAUGGAGCGGCGGUUGAAGACUCCUGACCUAUUCAAAUUCCCUUACUUUGAGGCCAUCUGCUGGUAUGUGGCAAAGAAUCUACUGGAGACUCUAAAGGAGUUACGAGAGGAUAACUGCCAGCCCCCAGCCUACCUGACAGAAGGAGUGAAAGCCUUGAUUACUGCACUGAAGAACUGGCUGAAGCGAGAGGUCACAGAGCCGGCCAGCGAGGUCCCGGACCAUAUCAGACCCAACCGUCUAAUUAAAGAACUCACAAAGGAAAUCCGCUACCUGGAGGAGGAGCAGCAGAGUGGUGCUGGAGGUAGCAAGCCAAUGAAAUCUCAGGGAAGUGGAGGAUGCCCGCUGACGCGGUCGACUCUGGACCGGGCUAGCCAUCAUGCUCGCAGGACUGCCAGACGGCUACGGCACCACCACCAUCAUCACCACGCGCCCAAGACGCCCUCCAACCUGGAGAUCCUGGAGCUGCACACGCGACAGGUGCUCAAGAGGCUGGAAGUGGGACCCUUUGAGGAGGAUGCCCCGUUCAGCUCCACGGUGACGGCCAAGUUCAACAAGGCAUCUGUGGCAUCUGCUGCAGCUGUGGAGCGGAGCCUGGACAACAACCUACGUCUGGUGAUGUGCCACGGCCGGAUUAUCAGAGAUGAGCGUUGUCACACCAGGGUGAAGAAUAGUCCGGUGUGGGAAGGUGAGAGGACUGGUGGCCACCAGUUGGGAGGAGUCCUGGUGAAAACAGAAAUCAAUGACACCAUGCAGGAACGGCACAGAGACCCAGAGAGAGGGGAGAUACCGAGCUCUCUCAGCAGUGAGUCUAACUGGUCAAGUCACCGGCUGUCAAUCAACGGUUUAGAGUUUUUUGAAAGAGUGAAUUCCGAUCUGAGGAAAGGAACCGCGGUGUACUCCGACAUCUCAGACUCUGAGUCCGAAGGGCGUUGCUCUACACAGAAAAGGGACUCUGGGAAGGAUUCAGGGAGCUCAGAUGAGGAGGAUAAGGAGCUGUGCAGGACGGAGCGAGGCACAGGCAGUGUGACGGACCUGCAGCAGGCCAGCCAGGCCCUCAGCCACCACCACAAACCACUCAAAGGAGAACAUCCUACCUCGCCAACCACAGAAGAGGAGGCUGUUGAGGGCAUGCUGUCCAUGGCAGGGCUGCUGUACCCUCAGCGACCAGAGGAGAGUAGCACUGCCCAGGAGCCCUGGUGGUCCAGCCCAGCCCAUCGCUCCCCUGACCGUGGUGAAAGAGAGCCUGCGUCAGGGGAGGAGAGCCAGGAUUCAGACAGCAACUCCACACUGAGCCUUCAGGAUGAGCGGAGGGCCCAGCAGCAUGUGCGUAAGGAGUGUCGAGCUGAACUCAGCCAGAGGAUCCAGGAGAACAAGAACUUCAUGGACAGUCAGAGCAGUGGGAGUAACAGCAGCGAGGCCUGGGGGGACCAGAGCCCCUCUCGGGCUGCCUCUAGCCCCCUCUGUCUGGACCCCAGCCCAGGGACUGACUAUCAGUACUGUGAGACCACUCUGUCACCCCCCCUGCACCCCUCCAAGAGGUCUGCCCCAAACACCCCACCCAUCAGUAAUCAAGCAACUAAAGGAAAACGUCCUAAGAAAGGUAUGGCCACCACCAAGCAGAGACUGGGGAAGAUUCUCAAGCUGAGCAGGAACAACCACUUUUUGCUAUAGCACUCAAGACCCUUAUGUCUCCAGUAAAAACUUUAAGGAACAACUCGACCCCUGCCCAUAUACUGAGGAUGCGUCUCUUUCAGCUUCGACUCUCACAUUCUAUCAAAAAUCAUCGCUUGGAUGGACUGCCCUGAAUCACUGACUCCACAUGCUAGAUGACAAAGACACGAGCGAGCGCACCGUUUGCCAUGGUGAAGUGAUGGUUCCGCUGUAAAAACAACUGCAUGGAUUCUCAGCAGUGACAUUGGAUUGUAUAUGUUCUAGUCAUCAAAAGAGAGACACAGUAAAUUUGGCUUUGUUUCAGAGUUGAAGCACCGCAACAACACAGGAUUGUCCAAAGAUGCAUGGCAGUGGGCAUUUAAAUUACGUCUUUUGAUACAACAACUUUGCAUCUGAGCCACACGCUUUUGUAUCUGUUUUGGCUGGUGCUUUACCCAAGGCUUGCACUAGCCCUUCCAACCAACACUACUUGUUAUGCCACGACAAGCAAAACAUGUUGUGCUUAAGCCGAGAAUGGCAAGUGAAGAUGCUGCUUUCUGCGACCUGGUUUUCAUCCCCUCUUUGGGAGAUUGUCUUGUGUUAGUCUGACUGAAGAGCAAGAAUGGUGCUAUGGUGUUGGAACAAAUUUGAAAUGGUGCUAUAGUGUAUAUUCAUGCUAUCCUUUUUGCCUAGCCUCCUGUCACGAUCACAACAGUGAUUGCAUUUGAGAGAGGGGGGAGAUAUUUUGAUGCAGCACUCUAGUCACCUUGCCUUAUCAGCCUCCCAGUAUGUAAAAAGCUAUCUAUGAAUCCUAAUGCAUUAAGCCAUUCCAAAAAAUACCUCUCCCACCACAUUAAGAGUACUGCUUCUGUUUACUAAAAUAGUUACGAGCCUUAUUGCUCUAUAGUUGAUCACGCUAUAGUUGAUCAUAUCAAAUGUGUUCCUUUGGUGCCAUCUAUUGGUCAAAUUAGGGCAGGAGCUUGAGAGUGCUGUUAUUAUUAAAUGUUUCUGAAACUGCAAAAAGCUUUUAUAUAAAGUAAAAAAUGUACAGAAUUUAUUUACAGAAAAUAAGUUAUCCAUAAUUUAUUUCACUUUCUCUUUUGGUGUUUAUUGUUCUGUUUCUUUUGCUGGUAUUGAAUUCUGUAUUGAGGGGGGGGGGGAGUUAAUGACUAUGACAAUCCUGUUACGAUGGAUAGUGUAACGGAUGUGGGAUUUUCUUCCCUAAGAGGUUGUAUACUUUGCCUCUUACAUUUGUAUGGGUGGAUUUCAGCAAAAAUUUACAAAAGAUUAUACACAUUUCCUAUCUUCUACUUGGGCUAAGUAUGAUACUUUGAUUAAAAAAGAUUGGUCAAGAAUAUUUGGCUGUUUGUAUGAAAUUGAAAGAAUAUUUAUUUUUUUAUAAAUGUGUCAAAGGAAAAAUCCACUCAACUGUAUUUUGGCUCUUUUUUUUUUCAUUAGUCCACUGUUGAUACCGUCUCAAAAUGUUUUGCAUGUCAGCAGUCAAGUUUUCAAGAUAGGAUUUUCAAGAAGCAAAGUGUCACUUGCCGCAUCAAGUGACACUUUGCUUCAUAAAAUCCUACCUUGAAAACUUGACUGCUGACAUGCAAAACAUUUUGGGACGGUAUCAACAGUGGACUAAUUUUAAAAAAGAGUGGAUUUUUUUCUUUAAGUGACAGAAGUUUGCUAUUAGUAUGGUAUGUAAUUAAGUCUACUGAUCCAGUUAUUGUUAAAGGGUAUGCUUAUUUUCCCUGUCACUAUAUAUAUAUAUAUAUAUAUAUAUAUAUAUAUAUAUAUAUAUCCUCAUAUUGGCUUGAAAGACCUCAGGUUGGAUUUUGAAUUGGUCUUUUUUUUGGUGAUAAUGCCAAAAAUGUGAGCACCAUGAAUGGCUUGAAAGACCUCUUACAUUUGUAGUGAGAGAUUGCUCCAGUUUGUGUCUUUCUCAGGGACCCAUGCUCUUGACUUAAGAAACGUUUGUUUUGAUAAGCAACAUGAAAUGACACAUCAUUGUGGACACAUUUUCUGAUCAUUGAUCUAUUCACUUUUUUUUAUGUGUAGUUGGUAUUACAAGUGUCACUAAGAACCCUUUUAGUUGUACCCUUGAGUCCUUUUUUAUAGAAAUGGAAUUAUGUAGCCUGUCUCCAACUUUCAUUCCAAAAUUGUUUGUUUUUUCAUGUUAAUUGUUGUCACUUCAAACCGUGAAUGGUGGACAAAGUUACGACUGCUCAGGGCUGUUUGAUGGUGACCGUUUCUAGACUAAGAACUUCAAAUAUUUAGGUCGACCCAAAGGACGCAAUCUCUUUUGAAUAUAAAAACAUUUAUUUAAUUUGGCACAGAGCAUGCCAACAGAGGGGACCCCAAGUAAAAUUAAGCCAUCACUAAAUCUUCACUAUUCUCGUGUGCUACCUGGCAAGACAUAUUGCACUAACUUCCAGGUUUAAGCAUGUCAAAUAGCUUUAAGUACCACCCACCCAGAACGGAGUUCCCAUCUUUGACUGACUUAUUCUACACCCUCAUGUUAAUUGUGCUGCGCUCCUGUCUAGCUAUUUAGCAUUUUGCGGUUGCCUAUAGAUGCUGUAGAGAUUCAAUCAGAGAAACUUGACUUCUCCUACUCCCAGCCCUUGUAAAUAACAACAAAGCUUCUUAGAAGCAAAGCUCAUAAGUUGCUUUCCAGUUACUCAACUGUUUCACUUUUCAGCAUCCAACAUGUUUGAUCGUGCAUGGCAUUACUGGCCUGCUGGCAGGGUCCUAUUAUCCAGUAGGCUACUAUUAAUUGUACAGUAUUUAUUUGACUGCAUUUUAGAUCAGUUUUACAUUUGUGUGAUCUGUUGGUCAUGGUAUGUCUUUCUAUUCUGCAGAUUGCUUGUUUCAACGGCUAUAGGUUGUGAUCUUUCAAAACGAAAUAAGCUUAAGUCUUUUGACACUGUAAUCUUUGAAUGUUUAUUUCUGUAUCCCAAUGUGGCCUGUAAAUAAAAUAUUUUUAAGCAAU